CCUGAUAAGCGGGGCCUUAAAAAGCGGCCGCUUUCGACGCGCUGCCAACAGUCACCUCGGAGGGUUCUGACAGAGCAGCAUUAGACCUUAAAAUGAGAGCAACGGUGUUCCUUAUAAUUGCCUACUGCGUGUAUGCCGAAGCACAAAUUGGGCCAUGUAUUGUUGACACAGGGGAUUGUCCCAGCGAGAACGUCGAGUUUUGGCUCUACUCUAAUGAAACACGGGAUUCGCCAGUGCUGCUAGACCCGCUGGAUUUGAAUCCGAGCGACUUCGAGCCACCGCGCCCGAUCGAAAUUCUAAUACAUGGCUACACUGGCCACAGGGACUUCGCCCCCAACUCCAACGUACGUCCUGCCCUGCUCGAUCACGAGAAUGUCUACGUUAUUUCCGUUGACUACGGCCCUUUGGUGCGAGAACCCUGCUACCCACAAGCCGUGGAGAAUGUGCCGCUGGUGAGCAAAUGUCUCGCCCAGCUCAUCAACAAUCUACUGGAUCGUGGAAUUUCUCAGAGCGAUCAACUGCACAUUAUUGGCUUCAGUCUGGGCGGGCAAGUGGCCGGACAGACGGCAAAUUAUGUGACGGAAAAGCUCCACCACAUAACUGGCUUGGAUCCGGCCAAGCCAGGUUUCAUCACGAAGCCUGAUACAGAACGAUUGGAUGCCUCGGAUGCGAAGCUCGUCGAUGGCAUACACACCGACGUUUUGGCUUUUGGCAUGCUCGGCUCCUUGGGGCAUGUGGAUUUUUAUCCCAACAACGGAGCUUUACAGCCGGGCUGCAUUGAAGAUACGAUAGCUGCUGCUAACUUUAGCAACUGCAAUCAUAAUCGCGCGCCUAUCUACUAUGCCGAGUCCAUAUAUUCGGAGAAAGGAUUUUGGGGACGUCAAUGCAUCGAUGGCAUCGGAAGUCUCUUGGAUCCAUGUUCCGAGGACACCCCAGAGGCUCUAAUGGGCUAUCAUGUGUCGCGCGAUGCACGCGGCGAUUACUAUCUCAGGACAGCGAGUGAUUCUCCUUACGCCUUGGGUCGAGACGGCGAAUAAAAGAAUGCGCUUGAUGGAUAGCUUCAGAAAAUAUUUUAAAUAAAUAAUGUAUGUAUGUAUCAGAGUUUCAAAGCUGUAAGAAAAGCUCUUCAUUCUAAAUGUCAACCAAUUGGAUUUUCAAGAAAAGCAACUAAUAUUUCAGUCUUGAUACAUGGAACCAUUUGUCCGAAUCCACGAUAUUCGACUAAUGAUAAUUGGAUGAGCAUCUAAUAAAGAAAAACACAUUGUGGUCCUGGCUAGUCAAGACCAUUCGAUUAUACAUA